GUAGUGGCAAGAAGGAACACUCUGGAAAGCAGAGGAGUCUGGGAACAAAGAGAGAAGGCAGAGGUAGAGCAAGUAAGCAGAGAAAGAAAGGCAGGAGGUCCCAGAGUCCAGAAGAAGAGAGAAGGUAACAAGAAACAGAUCGGGUCUCAAAGAUCCCCAGGGGAGCGAUGAAGCUACGGGGGUCCCUGGCCUGUCUCCUGCUGACCCUAUGUCUGGGCAGCGGGGCAGCUAGCCCACUGCAGAAUGGAGGAGAGGGCGCAGGAGCAAGUGCCUCACAAGGAAUGGGAGAUGCCAUUAGCCACGGAGUUGGAGAGGCUGUGGGCGAAGGGGCUAAAGAAGCAGCCAGCUCUGGAAUCCAGGAUGCCCUUGGUCAGGGGCAUGGAGAGGAAGGUGGCUAUGCACUGAGAGGGGCCAGAGGGGAUGCUUUCGACCACAGGCUUGGGGAAGCAGCGCGAUCUCUGGGCAACGCUGGCAAUGAGGUUGGCCGACAGGCUGAGGAUGUCAUUCGACGUGGGAUAGACGCUGCCCGCAACUCCGGGUCUUGGGGGACAUCUGGAGGCCAUGGGAUGUUUGGCUCUCAAGGUGGUGUUGGAGGCCAUGGCAAUCCCGGUGGUCAAGGGACUCCCUGGGCCUCAGAAGGCAACUUUGGAACCAACUCUCUGGGAGGCUCUCUGGGUCAGGGUGGCGACGGCAGGUCCUUCAACUAUGAGGCCAAUGCUCAGGGGGCCGUGGCUCAGCCUGGCUACGGGUCAGUGAGAAGCAACAACCAAAACUCAGGGUGUACCAACCCCCCACCGUCUGGCUCCCGCGAAAGCAACUCUGGGGGAAGCAGCAGCAGUGGUGGCCAUGACAGCAGCGGUGGCAGCAAUCACGGUGGCAGCAGUGGCAAUAGUCACGGCAGCAGUGGCCACAGUGGCCACAGCAGCGGUGGCCAAGGCAGUGGUAGCCAAGGUAACGGCAGCGGCGGCGGCGGCGGCGGCAGCAGCGGCGGUUCUGGAUCCCGGGACGUGGAGACGUCUAAUUUUGAUGAAGGCUAUUCAGUCUCCAGGGGAAGUGGCUCGUCCUCGGGCAGCCGAGGCGGAAGUGGCGGUGGAAACAGACCUGAGUGUGACAACCCAGGGGAUGAUGUGCGCACAUCCGGAGGAUCUAGGAAUCAGGAAAGUAGAGAAAGCAGCCGGCUCCUUGGGGGUCCCCAUGACUACCAGGAGCAUGGGUCCAGUGGGGAUGACGGACGCAAUGAGGCUGUCAGUGGACUCAAAGCUGUGAACUCUGAUGCGUCUUCCUUGCCCUUCAACUUCGACAAUUUCUGGGAGAAUUUUAAAUCCAAGAUGGGUUUCAUUAACUGGGAUGCUAUAAACAAGGGCCGCCUCCCGCCUCCCAGCACCAGAGCUUUACUCUACUUCCGCAGACUCUGGGAGAAUUUCAAACGCAACACUCCUUUCUUCAACUGGAAACAGAUUGAGGGCUCAGAUCUGUCAUCACUGCAGAAGAGGGCAGGCGGGGCCGAUCAGUUUUCCCAGGCUGAAGCUGCAAGACAAGAGGUGUCAGCUGUCACAUCCAAGGCAAGCAACUACUAUAAUAGCCAGCAGGGGAGUCCUGGUUACAACUGGCAGUAUUAUGCCAAGACCACUGCCAAGGGAGGAGUCACACCGUCGUCCUCGGGGUGA